ACCUGCAAAACCAAGAAGACAACAGCCGAGAGCAAAACAUGUCUACUAUGAACGCGUUUGUUGUGACAUUUGAACAUUCACAUCUAAUAUCAACAGCUGCACAGGCGAGAAUGGGGUUCAACACUCCAGCACCGAUAAAAUCCGUAUCAGGUAUGAAAACGGUUUGGACGUUUGGUCCCAGCUCUGUGCUCAGUAGGAACCCGGUAGUCCUGGAGACUUGGGGGAUGAUAGCGGCGAUAGUGUGGGUGUACGGGGCGCUGCUGCUGGGUCUGUUGAUGAACAUCCUGCUCAUCGUCUCUUUGACCAGACACAGCCGUCAGCGCCGCACCAUCACCACCAGUGACCAUGGCGGCGAGAAGGACAGACAAGUCCGACAGACGACCCGGACGGUGCUGACUGCCAGUCUGAUGUUUGUGUUCUUGAGCCUCCCUCUGGUCACUAACGCCGUGGUGACCAACCUCCACCCUAACUACGGCUACUUCAGCAACAACCGCUACACCUUCCUCUUCAUGCAGAGUCUGGGGGGCACGUGCCAGUGCCUCAGCUUCUGCACCGACUUCAUCUCCUUCCUCUUGCUAAGCUCCGCAUACAGAUCGACUCUGGGCUCACUUAUAGUGCGGGCAUGUUCUUUGUUCACAUCGCCAGUUAUACACCAAUCGAAAAGACAAUCGACUAGUACGCAGAAGCAUUUGCAGGGUCAGAAGUCUUCGGUUAACAAGACAGAAACAUCAAAUGUAACCAAAGAAACCGGCGAAGACUAA